AUGAUUGUGUUGUGGGUGACACUGCUUCUCCUUCAUCAGGGACAUACGCUGACUCCAGUAACCACAGUUCAGCUUGGUGAACCUGCAACCUUGACAUGCGUUUCUCCUGAUGAAAAGUUGAGUGCUAGAAAAGUCCACUGGUACAAACAGAGUGCCAGGGAGACUCUGAAAUUGGUUGUGUCAAUGUGGAAUUUAAAACCUCAGUAUGCGCCAGAGUUUCCUGCAUCGAGGUUCGUGCUAAAUCAUGAUAAGAAGUCAAGUAACCUGACCAUCCUGAAGACGACUGAAGAAGACGAGGGGAUGUAUCAGUGGUGCAAAAAGACUCGGAAGACGUCAAACUACACUGUUGUUCAGCCGCCAGCGUCUGAUCCGGUCCGAGCAGGAGCCCCGAUGACUCUGCAGUGUUCAGUCCUCUCUGACUCUGAGACAAAGACGUGUCCUGGAGAUCACAGCGUGUUCUGGUUCAGAGCUGGGGCUAAAGAAUCUCAUCCAAACAUCAUCUACACUGAUGGAAGAACAAGCAAUGAAUAUAAAGGUUCAGAAGUGAUUUUCCUGCUGUGUGUCAUCCAGGCUUUAAGUCUGACUGUGAUCAUCUGCCUCAUUUAUGCCCUCAAGAAUAAAGAGUCUGGUUUUUACAACGCUGCUGUUGCCGUGCAAAAACACAGGAGUGGUCAGCAGAGAGAUGAGGACGCACAGUUUUAUUCUGCUGUUGUCUUCACCAUGAUGAAAACUGGAUGUGAUGCAAUGAAGGAGAAAAACGCAGCAGAGAGACAGAGGAUCUACGCUGCUGUCAAAGCUUUUGGGUUGGAUUAG